AUGGCUACCCGCAGGUGUCAUUCGUUCAGUGACUUACGAGGCUUCAUCAACAGGGGCGACCGCCAACGCGAUGCGCCGCGGCGGAGGGUGGUGGCCGAGACUGGCUCCUUUGGCAAAUCAACACGAAGAUCGCGAUCAAGAACUGGCAGUCUUCCCCCUAAGCGCGAAGAUGCCACUAUGCAAUCUGCCGACAGGAUUUUCUCAGAGUAUCUGUCCAAGCAGGAGCAGACGUCGAACUCGAACGGCAGUCAACGCAAGCCAAGUUACUUAUCCCAGACCACCUCUGCCGACGACAACAGUUCCGCUCAGGCACCAAGAAUAGUGCGCGAGCCCACCGAAGUCAUAUUGCGCGGCUACAAGUCUUCGAUACAGCAAUACGCCGCCAUCAACCACUACGAACAGCUGGCUGGUCGAAUAUGCGAGGACUACCCUCGUGAGCCGCCCAUCGAGCAGCGGCGAUACAAAUCUGAGCUCCGAGACCCUGCAUUCACAAGGCGACAGCCUUUGACACCGCAGGAAAAGAUCAAGGUCAACCAGGUUGAUGGCGGAGAGCACUGGAUCAAGGUCACCUUCGAGUCGGCAGAUGCUGCCAGCGCCGCCAUUUACGCGUCGCCUCAGAAAAUCUUGGGCCAUCUAGUCUAUGCGGAGCUUUACCGCGGACUCCCGCCCAUGGAAGAUGCAGCCGUGAUGGAUCUGGUAGGAGACGUUGGUAUGCUACACGAUGAGCAGCCAGUGUCGCGUGGGCAUUCGCUGCGCGGCCGUCUACAAAAGGGAAAGCAGUCCUCUCUUUCCAAGAACUGGCAAAACGGGAGUGCCAAUGGACGAAGCAGUGGUGCGGAUGUCGGACCGAAUGGAUCACCAUCCGAGUCCAGGACUUCUACUCAAACUAUCGAUUCUGCCACCAUGUCCACGGCUACUGGAACGGCGUCUUCGGCCACCGUGACGGGCACCGCUCUGAAUGGCAACGCUUCUUUCAGUGACCCGUCGCGAUCCGACAACUUGCCCGAAGAGCCUCAGAAUGGCGACUACUGCCGAAGAAUCCCGACCGCGCGUCGCGCUAAGCUCUUGACCGCCGAGCAGGCUCUUCUGCCACAACAAGGCUUGAUACAACGGAUAGGUAGCCGCGUGCCACUCAUCGGAUGGUUCAGCGGCAGCAUGAUUGGCAAUGAAGUCCCACGAUUGGAGAAUGGCGAGUUCGACCUAAACCGUGCUAGUCUCUACUGGCGCAUCAUGUACACCCUGGACUACUGGUUUGGAUUAUUUGGACAUGAGAUUGACCACCCAGACAAGGACGACUGA